AUGCGCUCGACUUUUGCUCUCUUCGCGAGUUUGUUCGCUCCUGCCCUGGCCAGUCCCUUGAUCUGCCGUUCGCACACCCAACCGAAUCCCAUCACUGAGGACUACCCCAAAGACGUGACCGGCGUCAUAAACGGUACGACCGCUAUCGUACCGAUACCCUACGCCGUCGCAAGAAGCAUAGUUCCGUCCAAGUACCCCAUCCUAACAGCGGCAUACGAACAAGUCUUCCCAACCCUAGGCGAUGGCCUGUAUCCCGCUGUCCUCGAAGCAGUCCAGGACCACGACGUCGGUCUGCCGCCGUUCAAGAUUCCAGACUUCACGCGCGUAGCACUCAAGUUCCCUUUCGUAGACCGUCUCAAUGACGGAGCGUCAGCGUUUAAAUACACACCGCCACAGCUCGUCAGCGCUACGAACCUGAUUGCGCUUCUGGGCUCGACGAUCUAUGGCGAUACGGUCGCGGGGACGUUCGCGCCUCCCUGCGAUGCGUAUGCGAGUAGUGGGCCGAGCGAGACGUAUAUGCGCGCGUAUACCUUCGCCGAAUCCUUAUUACCCAAUGCUAAGCCCGUCGCUGACAUGUCAUUUCGCACGGCGGCGAGUAUUCCGUAUACGAUUGAUGCUUUCAUAAAUGUCCUGAAUCAGCCGCUGUUCGGAGAUGGUAUCCCUUUGUGUGAUAAUUACAUUACGCUGUUCAACGCCACCGUAACGACUGCAAAGUAUGCGCCUGUUCCGGUAGAGGGUACGCUUGUGGUUCGCCCGCCGCUGUACCCGAAUGAAGAGACGUUUGGGCAUGUAUAUGGAUUUCGGAUGGCGAAUGCCUUCGUGGAAAGGAAUGGGGUGAUUUGUGAGAGCUUGAAGGGGUACUCAAGGCGCCGAUGUUGA